AUGUCAUCUCCAGAUUAUGUUGGACUAGACCGACUUGAUGGCUAUCAUUACGAUUCUUUGUCUGUAGCCCUCCGCAAUGUUCUUGACACUGAUAUUGCGCUUACGACCUUCGCACAGAUUAUUGACGGUUUGCCGACCGCUGAUGUUGUCUGGGACCGAUAUUCAGCCACAUAUGAACCUUCUCAUCCUAUAAUCAAUCACAAAACGCUCUGCGAAGGAGCAUUCGAGAAGGCCAAAACUUUCCGUGCACAGUUCUCUAUGGCUGGCGUGAUGGUUGAUCUGGAGAAAUUGAAUGCGUAUCAAAACACGAAACCUUCCUCUCGUUCCUUUCAGCUACGACUGAUUGAGAUGAUUGCGUGUGCACUACAUCAAAUCGGUGUUCGACUGUCACAAGUAGAGAAAGUCCACGACCCUGCUACAACUGCCGGUCAUGAUAUUGAGUCUACCAUCAAGUGGGAGCGACCUCCCGAUAAUUUGUGCCGCUUUCCACCAAAGCCGACAAUGUUCAUUGCGACUCAGUUCACUGCUCAUGACCGGUACCCCAACGGUGUCCAUGACAUGGUUGGAUAUUGGGCAGAAAACCGCAUCCUAGGCGGAGUAGCACUCUUUGACCAUUCACAAGCAUGGACGAAUGACGACGAGCCCAACCUAUACUUUCAGUGCACCCGCGAAAGAGUCACGUUCCGUGUCUGUCAGCUUCUCGAUACUCAGCAGUCGGCCUUGAUAUCUUUUCUUCUCGCAGAUACAGAGGAAGCCAUUAUCAAGUGUCCGCUCCCUAUCUUACCAACCUCCGAAAACAGGGUUCGGAUAGACCCAGGAGACGCCAUUCCAGUUAACAAAGUUUAUAGAGACAUUUAG